UAAAACACCUGUGCAGGUUUUUAAGAGGAAAACAAUAAACCCAGAUUAAAGUGAAGGUGGAUUUUUGAAGGAAGACGAUGGACGAAGGCACCGACAUGUCAGUGACCAUCGCUCACAUCGUGCAGCGGCUCAGAGGAAGUCACCUCCACUCCCAGAUAGAGAGACAGGCCAAAGAGUGUUUACAUCAACCCGACGUGAAACUGGAGUCUCUCAAAGAUGACGUCCGUAGUUUCCUCAAAACCUCAGGCUGGGAAAGGAAGCUGCAGAACGCUGUGUACAGGGAGCUGCAUGUCCAGCUGCCCCCGAGUCAUCCCGCGGCUCCUCCCGAGCAUCUCAAAGAGCCGCUGGCCUACAUGCGCAAGGCACAGGCCGGCUGGGAGAAGCGUGUCCUCAAAAGCCUGAACAGCAUGAGCACGGAGCUGGGAGUGCCUCUGGCCCGCAUGAGACCUGCAGUGGAGCAGAAGGAGCUCACAAACAAAUGGAACGAGAUGGGCACAGAUGAACCAGAUUUAAGCCGCUUCAGGCCUGUCUAUGCCCCCAAAGACUUCCUGGAGGUGUUAAUCAGUCUGCGGAACCCAAACCAUGACAGCAGCGAGGACGUCAGCGCCAGGAGCCACUGGGGCCUGAUCCAGGUUCCCCUCAAUGUCCGGGACAUCCCACAGCUGAGACGGGCCUACUCGGAGCUCAACCUGGCCACUGGGCAGCUGGGGAUUGACGACCACGCACAUGUUCCUCCAGACUUGUUUGAAAAUGACUACGUUCAAAUCGGGAAAAAAGUGGUUCUGGAUCAGGACAGUGCAGCAGCGCAGCAGUACAGCAGACAGGGCUGCCCCACCGGGCUCCGGGCGGACCUGUGGGCCCUCAUCCUGAACUCCACCAACCAGCCUCCGGACGUGAUGCAUUAUGAGCAGCUGAGGGCUGGAGUCAUUCAACAUGACCUGCUGGUGGACAACCUCAUCUAUAAGGAUGUGAAGCUCACCGCCAGUAACGACGACUACUACUUUGUGUUUGAAGACUUCCUCUAUCAGGUGCUGCUGUGUUUCUCCCGGGACACGGCCGUGCUGGAGCACUUCAAAUACAACAGUGCCACUCCUCCAAAGUCCUACAUCCAGGGGAAAGUGGGAGAUGAGGAGUGUGCUGUUGUUUAUCCGCCCAACGGUGUAAUCCCGUUCCAUGGCUUUUCAAUGUACGUGGCCCCUUUGUGUUUCUUGUACAACGAGCCGUCCAAGCUCUACAGUGUAUUCAGGGAGAUGUACACCCGCUUCUUCUUCAGAUUACACUCCAUCUCCUCCUGUCCCUCGGGUAUCGUGUCUCUGUGCCUGCAGUUUGAGCGGCUGCUCCAGACUCACCUGCCUCAGCUCUUCUACCACCUGCGGCAGAUUGGUGCACAGCCGCUGCGUAUCGCCUUCAAGUGGAUGGUGAGGGCCUUCUCUGGGUAUCUGUCGACUGACCAGCUGCUUCUUCUCUGGGAUCGAAUCCUGGGAUACGACUCACUGGAGGUCGUCGCAGUCCUCGCAGCUGCCGUGUUCGCCUUCCGGGCCGAGAACCUGAUGGAGGUGACGUCACUGGCCUCAGCUGAGGCCGUCCUCGCUGACCUUUCGACCCUGAAGGUUAUGCCGCUCAUCCAGAUCUCUCUGUUCGCCAGCGCCAUCUGAGGAGUGGUGACGGGUUGUGGUACGUACGGUAAAGAGACAGUCAAAAAAACAAAAAGCCACUCUGCUAUGCCAUAGCCGCACCAGUAUGGAUAACCGUCUGUCAAGAAAGCACCAGACUCCACUGUGGGAUAUGAAGGAAUAAACCUACCUGGGCAUCACACACCUCAUCUUGCAGCGCUUCAAGUAGAAAAGCUACCAAAAGUAAUGAAUGCUCUGUGUCGUGUUAUUAGAUAUUAUACAGCAUAUAGAAGUAGAGCCUACAGACCAUUGAGGUGCAGCUAACCUCCAUAAGCCAUAUGCCCUGCAGCCGAGUUGCCAGGAUCUGCUGAGCAGCUCAUUAGGAGAAGCACGAGCUGUUACGAUUACAGCGUGCGAGACGGAACAACAGUAAUGUCUCCAUGCUUGGCUAAUGAAGUGUUAAUUAGCUCAUUGCAAUUUAUUCUGCUCCGUGGCUCCCGAUUGUUGUAACGCUGUCGCUGCUGAAGCUCGUGACAGCGUGUCGAGAGAGACGGACACAGACCAAAUCAAACUCGUAUGAUAAGCAGCUGCUGUGUGUAAACAUGAUAUAUUAUAUUUAUGAAUUAAUUAUAUAAUGCUGCCCUCUUCAGGGGUAUUUAUUACCUUCAGUGCCACUAUUUAUUGCAUUUUACUGUUUCACGGUUUAAGGUUUUGCAUUUAAUGCCUGAAUGUCUGCAUCUAUUUGUCCUGUUUAAAGACAACAUGUGUCACCUCCAUUUUUCUUAUAUGAUAACUAUUUAUUUUGCCAGGUAAUGCCAAUGUCUUCCAUCCAACACAUUUCAAUGUUCAACCUCAU